AUGAGGUUUCGCGCCUUCUCUGAUCUGGAGAUCGACCCUCCUGCCCCACAUGUCUUGGCGCCGACACCCGUCAACCCGAACGCGAUCACAAUGCCAGCCAUGUACGAGCACUACAUGCAGUGGGGUCGUAACUCCUUUCCAGACUUCGCUCCGGAGACCUGCAAACUCAUCUCCAUUGCCAACUACAUCUGUGACAUGGAUGCCGCAAACUAUUGCAUGUCUAACAAACAGAAGCUUAUGUUGGCCAUGUUGAUUGAUGGCCAUAACUGGAGGGCUCAUUGUCGACAAGCUUUUCGGUACGAGGACGGUGCUUGGGUUCGCUCUGAGAACUUGUCCAUCGAUGCAUGGGACUUGCUGAUGGCCUUGGAGGGCUUGUUUGUUCAAGUCUCUCUGGACUUGGUGGCGGCAGAGCGAGAGUCCCAAUGGAGUUGGGAAGCCGCCGGCGCCGAAGUGAUCAAUGUGAUUCGACAUCCUCUUCAACAGUCCGUGGAUGUGAUUAAAGAGCUAUGUGGCGUCGCCAAGGCUAACAGUGAUCAUCUUCGCAAAGCUACAGGAAACAAGGCGUGGCAUGCGAAAUGGUCUCGCCGUGUCGCCGAUAUGCUCGCUCAAUAUCGGGAGACAUGGGAAAGCGAAAUCUCCUCAAAGCCUCUAACAAAGUUGUUUCUCUUGGAGUGGGAUACACCUAUGCCUAGAUCGACAGGCGUCUGUUUCACGGACGUGUACCUCGACGAGAAUUGGGAUGUGGCUCCGAAAUCACGUGAUCGGAAUUGCUACUUGAAACUGAACUACCGUUACCUGUAUGAACAUGUGAUCGCACAGAACCCCAACAUUGAUGUCAACAACUUCCGUAGCAGGCUUCGUCUCUUCCUCGAGUCUCUGUAUUACAUGAACGAACAUGGAUUCCAAAUCAAGUUGUGCUUCCUCCACGCAGCCUUCAAGCGAGUAUGCACUUCCAAAAUGAUCUUCCAGAUCGGCAAAGGUGGCGAUGGUAAAGGAAUGGAGGCAAUAUUGGAUCGCACCUUGUUCGGGGACCUUGCUUCCUCCACAUUGGAUUGUGGGGUCUUCUUGGACCGAUCGGAAUUCCGCAAAUCUGCGGAGUUGGCAUGGAACAUGGCCAAUGUUCGCACCCAAGAGAUGGAUCAUAAGUCUUCCUUCCAUGCCGACCUAUGGAAGCGAUUCGUAGUUGACGAAGACAUCGACUGUCGGGUCAACUACGGCUUCACCACUAAGCGCAAAUUUGGUGAGAGCUUGAAUAAGGUGCAGGAGUUAAAUUAUGACAACAUACCCACAACUGAGGAAGCUCGCGAUCGCAGCAAAUGCUGCCAGCAACUGGAGAGACGCAUCGUGUGUCUUCGCAUGGGGAAGGGGAAACUCGUCAGUGAUGUCAAUGAGGUGGACACAGACAACGGCGUCUUCCUGUUGAUUCCACAGGACGAACUAUCUGCUUUCCUAUCACAUGAGAUAACGGCCGCCCUGUUCCUACGGGAAUACUGCAUUCCGUUCUUCCAGGAAACGUCGUUAGCAGAGUCUUUGAGAAUGAUCAACGACCUCGCCGGUGUUCAUGCCGAUCUUGUUCGUGAUACCAAGUGGCUAGCUUCGCGCCUUGCGGGCGGCAAUGCUCCGCCUUCUGGAGACGAGACGGAUGAUGUGAAUGAGUUCAAUAGACUAGUCAUUGGUGCUCAUUCGCAGACGCCCUGGAAGCGAGUCUUGAAGGAGUACCUCAUCCACAAGAUUGAGGCUCUGCCAGGAGCCAUAUACUCGUCGAAAGGAAAGCGGACUAAACUCUCUUAUCUUAUCGAGGCCGUGGACAACGCUGACGUGAUCCUCUUGAAGCAAGUGGAUCAUGGUUGUUUCCACAAGCUCCUUCUGGAUUGGACGAAACUACAGUUGGCCAUGGACAAUCACGGCGGCAUCGACAAGUACGGGUCUUGGACGGAAUGGGGCGAUCCCUUUGACUUGCUGCACACGCAGGAGAAGUGGACAGGGGCAGCCUUCCACCAUGACGCACAAAUUAUCCGACAAAACAAAACCAUCGUCGAAGAUCUCAGUGCGCUCGGGCGUAAUAGUGAACUCCGCUUGCAGGAGAGAGUGAAUUUGACUGCGCUCAACGCCUAUGCGCAAGCUGGCAACGAUCGUCGUCAAGAUCUCCUGGAAGCCUACAUUGCUCGGCAUCGUCGAGACGGAUUGGUUAAUGGAGACUUCUCCAGCAUUGACAUCGCCUACUACAGACGACCUCAUUAUGGACGCUUGUUGUCGCGAGGACCUUCUGGUCAAAAGCUCGCGCGUGAAGCAAGGUUCAUUGCCUUGGGCUCUCACUGCGCCGAAGUCGACGCUCCUUCGUGCCAUCCUCGUCUAUUAGUUUCGAAGCUGCGCGAAUCUGAACUUUGGGAUGAGGACAAUUUCCCCAUGCUGAAUAAGGUCGUGCAGUUCUACAAACAGUGGAGAGAAUCUCUGGCACAGUAUUCGGAGUGUACCGUUGAGGAAGCGAAGGUAGAGCUUAUUCGCAUUUUCUACGGUGGCCGGCCUUCCGUUGAAAUCCCAUAUUUGCUCAAGCUUUGUGACGAGGUACAGCGUGAGGCGAAGCUCAUGCACAUCAUGUCAGAGCACAUGGGAGACUCUGUGCAAAUGCUGCUCUUCGAUGGGUGCUAUGUUGAAUGCGACAGUCUUGCUGCAGAGUUGGAUGUCGUCGAAGCGUGUCGGGCAUGUGAAGAGAGUGUGAUUCCCAUGGCCAUCAAGUCGUGGCCUUCCGGCACGGAGCUGUCAAGCAUAGCAAGGCUGUUGAUUCGCAAAGAUCUUGGACUUUGGAGUAUCUGCCGGGCUAGCUUGCAAGGGCCAACCUCGUCUUGCUUGCACUACGUGAUUGCUGUGCUCCGGCCUGACUGCGACACUGACCUCUUGGAGGUUACGGAAGAUGAAGGUGAUAUCUCCGCUAGGGAAUUCAACGAGCACAUGAGGUACAGUUCGCAGCGCGCUCCGCAAGACGCAUACCGCAUGAUCUACAUGGAGGAAGUGGAUCUGAGCGAGGUGAAUACCCUCAACGGUAGCCUCAUUGUCCAUCAAGCAGCUCCAGGUGGUGGACAUUGGAGUGGCAUCCGAUUCCUGGGCGACUCGACAGUAUGUGUCGUGGAUUCUGAGUCUAGCGGGCGUCAUUUGCACACCACCUUCCAGAUCCUGUCUCAGAUUGUGUCCUCCAUGGAGAAUCUGUCUUGGUUUCGUCUUCAGACGCUUACUCACGCAGCCUAUGACCUUCGUGGAUCAGGACCUUGCAAACGACCUGCAUCGCAAGCCUCAAUCACAAUGAAAGUGGAUGUACACUGUCCAGAUAGACUGGUGCUAUCCUCACCCCUGCAGACGUGCUUGGAGUGUGGUGCCUCUAUUCGGAAGGAGCGUGUUAUCGAAGCACGCUUAUAUGCACUCGACGGGGUACAUCCUGUGGAACAUUUGACAAAGAAAUGCUCCAAUCGCAGUUGUGCAACAUUGCAUCACUACAAUUACCGUUGGGUGGACGGCAACAAGAUCAACAGCUCUCAUGCAAGUGAUCUGGACUUUGUUUUCGUGAAUCCCAAGACGGUCUUCACUCGAUCUUUCCUGGAUUAUCAUGGCAUGCUGCAGUUUCGUUGGCAUAUCAGUGUCCAUGCUAUCAACUUUGCGCAAAAGGAAGUCAUGUGGAAAGACGAAAAUGAGCAUGCUCGAUGGCGGCUGGAAUACUCUACCGCACAGUUGUAUCUCAAUGUCCUACAGGUCGGCGAGCUCAUGUGGUGCGACUUGUCGGACCAGGACACCGACAAGAAACUCCUGUCGAUCUGUUUGGAGAAGCUGCUUGCUGACAACUUCGUGCAGGAAUAUCAAAAGUGGUUCCAAUCCAAUGAGAUUACUGUUAAGGAGAGUAAGUCUAUGUACGAGCUCGUGAUCGAUGGCCAUGAAAAGGUUUCAUCCAGGUGUUCUACUAUUACUCCUGCCCAUGGCGGACGGCCAAGGAAGGACGGCACAGUCAAAAAGCGCACAAAUGGGUGGUUUAUGGCUAUUCAUCCAGAGUCCGGCCUCAUCGUUGGUGUGCAGGAGAUGAUCCACCCUGAGAACAAUGACCUGGCAGUUAGGAUGCUUGAAGAUGCGGCUGAAAUUCUUCCUGUCUUGGAUUGUAUCAUCUAUGACCGCAUGUGCUGCGCUUUGCAAGCAGUGCGAAGGUCGGACAUGCUCCGGGACAUUAAGUAUUUCUGCGUCGAUAAGUUCCACGCACAUGGUCAUGGUACAACUUGUCCGUGCUCGCCCUUGGUGCACAAGAAGUUGGACAAGAGAUUGAGAGAGGUGAAUACCUCUGUGGCUGAGCAAACCUUCGCUUGGUUUCGCAAUUAUGCCAGAACAUUCAAUACCAUGUCCCCGCAGACGCAUUUCUUCUAUGUUCUCUUCUACGUGCAGAAGCAUAACGAGUUGAUCCGCAAGAACAGUGUGAGUAUGCUUGCGGAGGCCAGCAGCCUGCAUGGCGAAGCGACUGUAUGUGGUGGAUCUGAUGUGGUCAGCAAGGAGAUGCUGACCGGCAACCGGAAGACGAAGAAGAGCAGCUACGACGUGGCCCAGCUCCAGAAAGUUUUCAAGCUCAUGAGCACACGCUUCAAGGCAUUCCCGCCAGACAGCGCGACGGAGCUCGCCACGUCUCGAAAGCCGGAUGCCGACAGAGCGAAGUACAUCGCAGCCAAGAACGCGCUCAAAGAGGCCGUGUCCUGGAGCGGAGAGAUGGACGACGGAACCGGCCGGCGCAUCGUCAUCCUAAAGCACAUGUUCUCUCCUGAAGAGGCAGAGAAAGAAGGAGCCGAGUUCUAUACCGAGCUGGCGCAGGAAGUCCAGGAGGAGUGCGAGAAGAUCGGGCAGGUUCUCCGCGUCACACCCAUCGAGCAGCAUUUGCAGGGCAUCGUCUGCGUGAAGUUCAAGGUUUCCGCUGAGGCCGAAGAGUGCAUUCGAUUGCUUGGCACUGCAUCCAGGGGUAGCUGUCCGGUGAGCGACUUCGACUGUGGCGACUUCAAUAUGGCUGAUGGGCGAGGUACUGGUGCUCCUGGGGCUGAUCAGACGGAUGGGAUGGUGGUGGAGGUGCCCUCGCCCACGGAUAUCUACGAGUCCGAGGAUGACCUGCCUGAGAGUGACGGGGAAAUCCAGCCGCACGAUGUGAUGGGGAAGAGGAAACGCGGACCUGUGCGUUCCGAUGGUCUGGAGCCGCAGGUGAAGGAAGAACAUGACCCUGAGGGUGAGGAUUCUCCAACCAGACGUCGUCGAAUCUCCAACCGCCGGGGGAUGUCUAGUGAUGAGCUGCGUGAAAUCUUGGGAGUUCACAUGAAGGAAAUGAAGGAGGUAUGGUCGACCAUGGAAGCCAGACUCGUCAAGGUGGAACAGGCGCAGCGUGAGCAGAGAAUGGAGUCCAAGGCGAUCCACACCAGACAGAGGGCGACAGACAAGGAGAUCUCGACACUGAGGGCGCAGGGGGAUGCUACCAGUCGCAAGGUGGACGACUUGACCCAGGAUUUGGAGAAGCUUCGUGAACAAGUCACUCACCUGCAGGUUGGGGCGCCUGACGGUCAGCAGCAAGCGGGUGAUCCGUGGGGAGAGUACCUUGCGAAAAAAGAAGGGAGACAUCCUGAAGGAGGACCUCGCAAGGAUGAUAGUCAACGCAAAGAUCGUCUGAGUGAGGAGGACAUGCGCACGCUCGUGAUUGGUGGUUGGAUGGCAGAUACCCGAAGGGCGAUCAUCGAUGAGGAAAGUGAACGCUUGUUGAAUAGUGAUGAGUUGAAGAAUGAUUUGGACUCCCACAAGCUCGUCAUCUUCGGACCGAGGCGUUCCUUUGGCCUCCUACGAUUCGUGCAUCGUGAAGGGGAGGAUUUCCAGGCCACUCGUGCUCGUAUGCUCAAGGUCAUCAAGAUCAUCCGAGAAGGGAGAUUUCAGCUUGAGAGCACUGCCAAGAAUGGGGGUGAUGUGAAGCAUGCAUGGUGCUCCUUCGUGAAGACACCUGAAGCUCGCCGUCGCUCUGCCAUGUGCUCCAUGCUUCGGCGUGUUGCCAUACAGCUUGCAAUGUCGUCUAAGGAUGAGAACGGAGCCAUUCGCCACAUGUCUGCCACGGAUCCGGAAAACUACGACCUGGACUGGGGCACCGGAACCACAUGGUGUGGCGAAUUCAAGCUUGGGAGCACAGCACACCGACGAGACCACACUCGCGCGGAGGACUACGUCGACGUCCUGAGUGGUUGGGUGGAUGUGCGUGCUGUUACACAGUGCACAGGAGCAACCUGGGAAAUGGCCCAGGCAGCCCUGCUGAGGGAGAAGUGUGCUGACAUUGUUCUCGUUCAAGAGGUUUCCAGAGGAAAUCUUGGAUGGGAUGAUUUUGACACUGAUACCCAUCACUGGCUUCUCCAUCGUGACAACCAUCAAUGGAGGGGAUGUGGAGUGGGAGUUUCACGUGAUCUCUUUGACUCGGUGGUGGAGAAAAGGGCCACCAAACGAGGCAUGUUCGCGGUCGUCAAGCUUAAAGGCAGCGGGAGAAUUCUUCUUGGUUCGCUGCACUGUCAUACUGGGGUGAACAACGUCACCUACCAACAGGCGGUUUCAGAAUACUUGGCUCGCAGUGGGGGUAAGUGGAGACAUCUACAGGCGGUGAUCGGAGUUGACUUGAAUGAGGCUACGACCUGGCAUGAUGAUGACAAUGGUGAUGUGUUGCUUUCCUCUGGGUCCCAGAACCUGAACGUUUUUGCAGAUGAAGCUUGCAAAAUGGGCUUCCGUCCUGUUGCACCUCGUCAGGAAGACAGGACACUGGCCACACACUACCCACGAGACACCAGCAGAGAAGGAAGGCAGAUCGAUGGAGUUUGGACUCGUCGGGGAUGCCUCAACCGGAUUCAUGUUGAUGCUGCUGCUCGGCACAAAAUUGGGUCGGAUCAUGCCUGUCUCAAGACCUUCCUUUUCCUCGACUCCACCAGGCACACACUUUGGCAGGGGGACUCUCGAGCAAGAUGGGUGCUGGGUGACUUGCCACAUCGCGACAUUGUUGAUGCUGAUGACAUCAUGGAACUUGCGAAGGAGUUUACCAAACCCAUCCCAGCGCGUAAGUACCUGGACACCGAUGAAGUCAAGCAACUCUUCCAACUUGCGAAACAGACGGGUCUCGCUGCAGACUGGAAACGUGCUCAUAAGGCCAGUAAGUAUGCACGUCGGCAAUGGGAGGAAACACGACUUCAGAGGAUUCUUGGUGGGGAUUGGAGUGCUUACAGGUCCUGGAAGAAUCAGCGGAGUAGGAAUGCGGGGUGGUGGGGCAAACUUUUGGUCGAUCGCACGGAGGAGGAGCUCACUCAGAUGGUUGACAAACAUUUCCACAACAAGCUCACGGCUGGGAAAGCCCCUGAAUGGGAGGAUGAACUUCUUCAAAUGAUUGCCGGGGUUGAGGUUGAGCAAGAGUGGCAGCCCUUUACGAUUGAAGAAGUGCAGGGUGAACUUGGUCGUAUGAAGCGUGGCGCCUCCGUUGGACCUGACCUUGUUGGGGUUGAUCUUCUCAGAGCACUCUCAGUUCAUGAGACCAUGUCGGGGGACUUCCUGGCGUUCCUCAAUCACGUUAUCCGUACGAGCGAGGUCCCCGCUGACUGGCACGUUGCAUUUCUCGCCCUCCUCCCAAAGGUGUCCACACCUGAAUCUCCGAAGGAUUUGCGACCCAUUGCUAUGUCUAGUGCACUUUUGAAGUUGACCACCAGACUUGUUAUGCUUCGUACCUUUCCUCUGCUCCGUAGAGGAUCGGAUAUCUCCUGCUGUGGCCCGGGGAGACAACCUGCUGACUUGGUGGGGGCGAUGUCACGUGUUAGGGACGCCUCGAGGGAGUGGAAGCUAGGGCUGUUGAUCGCGAAGUUGGACGUGCGGGGCGCCUUUGACAGGAUAUCUAGAUCCAGAGUUGCUGCCUUUUUGCUUCAACGUCUACAGCUCCAAGGGCUUGGUCGUGAACUCCGCUUCUUACUGCAUCAAUUGCGUCCCAACUAUCUAAAAGGGCUUGUGCCUGGUGGUGGGCACCUCUCCUUUCACUGUGAUGUUGGAAUCAAACAGGGGUCGCCGGAGUCUGCUGAACUCUUCGGUAUCAUUUUGGAAGAUGUGUUACAGGAUGUCCGUCAUAGUCAGUUCUGGGAGUCCCUUCCAAAGCCAUUCGAGAACGUCGGGAUUGACCUCCUUCAGUACCAGGAUGAUAUAUUCUUAUUUGAACAGUCUGCCGAGCAAUUGGCAAGGAAGAUUUCUCACAUCAACCAAGCACUGGCCCAUGUUGGCCUUGAACUUGCCACCGACAAAACUGCCGUCAUCGCCACUGAACACUAUGUCGGAGCUAGGCAGGUCAAAAUCGGUGAGGAAGUUGUUGCUGUGCUACCUCCCUCUCAGACCAUUCGUGUUCUUGGCCUCGACUUUUCCUUUGAGGGCAAUGCCAGCAGACAAUGUAGGGACCUCAUUGCACGUGCUAGAGCUGCCUUUGCUGUUGCACGGCCUAUUUUCCGGGCCAAGGGCAGCUGGGGCAUUAAAAUCAAAAAACUCCGCUCGUUGGUUGAAUCCUCCUUCACCUGGGUCGCUGGCGCUGUUUUCUGGUCACCGGACGAUUUGGCGCUGCUGAAUACUGUUCAGACACACAUUCUUCGUGAUGCAUUCCGACUAGGCAGAGACAAAGACGAGAAUUGGGUACAGUGGAACACGCGCACAUGCAGAUUUGUUCGGGCGUGGCUUGUUCAGCAAGGUGUUGACCGUUGGAGCACUCGUGUCCGUAGACUUCAACAUAGCCUGGCGGGGCACUGGGCUAGGCAGUCCCAGGACUCGGGCCUUGGGGUGUUCUCCUCACCGGGCAUUGUAUCGCAGCUCUUGUCCUGGAAGGGUAUGAAAUGGUGGCAGGCCCAGCAGGCGCUAUCCCUUCACACUGGAAUCCGGCAUCCGGGCUCCUUCUACCCGUGUGGUCUUGAAAGAGAGCUUUCCUCCACCUUUGGCACGUCUUGGCAGGAAGUUGCUCUGGACAGAGCGCAAUGGGCGAUGCUGCAGCAAGAAUGGGUUGACAAAUGGGAUGUUAAAUGGUGCAGGGGCAGGCAACUCUCGCUUAGAUUCUAA